AUGGCACCUUACAAGGUGUUAUAUAGUCGUAAGUGUCGUACUCCUUCUUGUUGGACUGAGUUAGGUGAGCGGCGAGUUAUGGGGCCAGAAUUAGUUUCUGAUACAGAAGAGAAGGUAAAACUGAUUCGAGACCGACUGAGGGAAGCAUCUGAUAAGCAGAAGUCUUAUGCAGAUCUUAAAUGCCAAGAGAUUGAGUUUUCUGUGGGGGUUUAUGUAUUUCUCAAGGUUUCUCCAUGGAAAAAGAUAUUGAGGUUUGGAUGGAAGGUUGAGGAGAUCGAGGUUAGGCCAGAUCUAACCUUCGAGGAGGAGCCAGUGCAGAUUUUGGAUCGUGAAGUUAAAGUACUGAGGAAGAAAUCUAUUCCAUUAGUUAAAGUGCUUUGGCGUAAUCACAGUUCAGAAGAAGCUACGUGGAAACCUAAAGAGAUAUCCGUCAAGAAGAGUGCAGUCAACUUUCGUCAGUGGAUUAGGUGGGCUAAGUCACUAUUGCCAGUCAAGAUUUUCGAUGUUCGUAGAUCGUUGUGCAUUUUCAUAAACAGGUGUGUAAUCACCCACUACAACUGUAGAUCGAUGAAAAGUUGA